AUGGAUCUUGAGUUUCAAGAGGGACACCAUGUAUUCUUAAUAGUCACUCAGGUGACCGGUGUAGGAUAUACUUUGGAAUCGAGGAAGCUUACUCCUCGAUUUAUUGGUUUGUAUCAGAUAUUCGGGCAAGUUGGACUUGUUGCUUAUAGAGUGGUAUUGCCACCAAAUUUGUCAAAUCUACAUGAUGUGUUCCAUGUUUCACAACUUCGGAAGUAUGUUCCGGAUUCGUCGCAUGUGAUUCUGAUGGAUGAUGUUCAGGUGAGGGAUAACCUUACAUUUGAAGUUCUGCAUAUAAGGAGUGAUUAUCGAGAACUGAAACAGUUGAGAGGCAAAGAGAUUUCUCUCAUGAAGGUAGUGUGA